AUGUUCAUGAGUGGGACAAAUGUGGUGCAAAUACAGUUUCAACAGCCACCACCCAAUCAACCACAAACGCCGCCGGUAUGUUGAAGCGAUUGCAGUGAACAGGAAGACAGAGCUGCAAAUUACAGUACCUUCGACGGGCUCUGGAGGUGAAUGGCCACCCGCGCAGACGCCUCAACCGAUACGUGCGCAAACUAGACGAGCAGGUACACUGCACCGGUCUCACAUGUCGGUGAACGCUCCCGUUCGUUAAGGGCAUCCCAUAAGCCGUCAGCUGAUUUCUCACGCCACUUGGAGUUGGGGUUUCACGCAGACAGAAAGCAGCUAUCAGACGCCAAGUACUGAGACCGAAGUACACCUUACGCUGGUAGGAAACAUCUAGAGUUAUUUAAGGAUAAAGCAUCUGAGUCAGGAAAAUUAAGACGUGGAUGGCUGAAAGUGCGUCAGAAUAACGCUAGCACUCACUUUCCAGUUGAUUUGACGGGACCCGGUCAAACCUUCAAGUUCAACCAGGUUGGAAUUCUCACGACAGAUAACAAUUGCAUGAUCCGCGAGUUGACUGAGCCCCGUCUUUCGGGCCGCAGUCGAGUGACAAGCGCAACAACCCACUCUCCGCAUUCAGUGCUGGGAAUUUUUCUUAGCUGCGUGAUCGCCGCUUCCGGCGACACAAUCAACAAGCCGAAUCGUGGAGUCAUAAUCACGCCGAAAAUCCGCGCCGAGUAAAGAAACUGUGGCAGCUGAGGACACGUAUUCGGAUAAGGAAGCAGUCAUUUAGCCAAGCACGACCACCGGGAUGUAGUUGUGUCCAGAUGUGGGUCCACGCAAUGGUCGUAGAAGGUCGCUCUCUUGGCUGAAGGCGUUGGCUACAUCAAACGUAAAUUAACUGUCGCCACUUCUCGCAUGUGGCUCCUCCAAGUUAGGCUCUACCUAGCGGCCGCACCACGGCAACCGCCUCGACCGGAGGGCGAAAACAGGUAGAGAGUAUCCGCUGUUGUGUGUACCCCAAAUAUCUGCUUCCCUUCCCAUCACCCCUCCUCCAAUUCUCAUCUCCUUCUCUCCCCCUCAACUCCCCACUCUCUCUCCACCUUCCCCAUUCCACCACAAUACUCCAACAGUUCUAAUUUUUAUUCUAUUCUCUUAGUUAACGGUCGAAAAGUCCUACGGAGAGGGCAACAUGCAAUCGCGUAGGCGGCACUAGUCAACUGGGUCGUUCUCUCAAUAAACACAACUGUGGCCCAUAGUGGAGUCCGGCAGUCGUCUGGGAUAUCUGAACAACCCUAUUUAGCGACAGCACUGCUUACCUCCUCUAUUAUAAAGGGACUAGAAAAGGCGCCCUAAAGAAGUGCUGGGUUUAUAUACUCUACAUGCUGACCGUGGCUUGCAGAUGCAAAACACGCGGUGAAAACAACGAAACAACAAACAACAACCUCGCUCAUCCCUACCAUCCACUCCACUCAACAGGCUACCAGGGUAAGUCAGCCCACUAUGGCGGACUGGAAUGUUCGUUGGCAUUCGGACAAUCCGAGGAGCAACCGACGGGAAUGGAGGACGACCUUAGUCACUCGAUAAUUGGUGUGCUACAAGGUGGACAUUGCUGCACUCAACGAGAUCCGUUUCUCCGAACAAGGACAGCUGAAGGAGGUGGAUGUCGGCUAUAUCUUCUUCUGGAGCGGCUGCCCCAGUGCAAAGCGACGAGAUGCAGGCGUCGCCUUUGCCAUCCAGAACAACAUGGUGGGACGACAGAACUGCCUGCCGCAGGGCAUCGACGACCGACUGAUGAGCCCUCGACUGCCUCUUCGGCGAUCCCAUUUCGCCACCAUCAGCAGCGCCUACGCCCCACCAAUAAAUGGCUCUGACAGGUGGAAGAACAAUUUCUACGAGGACCUGCACGCACCUCUAGCAUCUCUGUUGAAAGCGGACAAGCUGAUUGUCCUCGGUGACCUCAGCGCCCGCGUCAGGACAGACUGA